GUUCAACAUGGCCCAGCGUGAAAGUCAUAUUUGUGUGAUGUGUACUGUUGUUAAAAACGAAAUUGAAAAAUUUUAAAAUAUGAACUACAACGCUAACACCGGGGACCAUAAACCUCCCGGUGGCGGUCCGCGGAAACUGAAGCGUGUUAGCGAUGUUAACGCAAUGGGAACUCCGACCCCGAUACCACAAUUCAACUCUUUCGAGGCUUCGCUUCAGCCGAACCCUAUUUAUGAGCAAAAAACUGGAGCUCCAACACCACCCUACAACAUCGCAGAGAAUAGCUUCGGGCAACCUAGCUACAACCCAUACCCAAACUAUGCUGGGGCUUCCGGUCCAGGGCCAAUGCAACCGAGUCCCGUACCGACAAACAAUCAGCAGCCAGCCGUGGCGAUGGGGGGAAUCACAGGAUUUCCCGAGAAUUUUGCCGUUUUUCAACAGCCCAUAGUCCAGGAUAUGGCUUUGCAAUAUGGUCAAAAACUGGCCAACCAAGGAAAGGAGUUGGUCCAUUCGCAUUUCGAACGUUACAUUCCCGUGACGAAACUCAAAUAUUACUUUGCAGUUGACAACAAAUAUGUCAUCAAUAAGCUGCGCUUGAUAUUCGUUCCUUUUUCACAACAGGACUGGUCCUUAAAAUAUGACCAUGAUAACCCAGUGCAGCCCCGAUAUGAUAUGAAUGCCCCUGAUCUGUACAUCCCAACAAUGGCCUAUAUAACUUACGUAGUUUUGGCCGGCAUGGUUCUUGGAUUUCAAAAUCGGUUUUCCCCAGAACAACUUGGCAUUCAGGCUUCCAGUGCUCUUGCCUAUAGUAUUUUCGAGCUCGUUGUUUAUACUCUUACUUUGUACAUCGCCAAUAUUCCAACCAAUUUGAAAACUUUGGAUCUUCUCGCGCUCAGUGGAUACAAAUAUGCUUCAAUUGUGUUGAUCCUGUUAUGUAGCAUAUUUCUAGGAAAAUCGGGUUACUACGUGUCAUGGUUGUACGCAAGUGCAACGUUAGCUUUUUUCCUGCUACGUACUUUAAAAGCAAAAGUUUUAUCGGAACCUGUGCAAUCACGAAACCCUCCAGCCUACGAUUAUAGCCAGCAAUUUGAGCAUAUUGUCGGACGCAAGAGAAAACUUUAUUUUCUGUUUUUGGUAACUGGGCUUCAACCUUUGCUGGCAUUUUGGCUUUCGAUGCACUUGAUACCGAAUAGUGCUGCAGCAGUCUCACCCGUCGUUUAAUAUGCUAUGCUGAGCUUUAACCUGAAAUAAAUAUUACUUGUCUAUUUGUACUUUUUAUGGUA